UAAUGAAAUUAUCUAUAGAUAGAUAUAGGGAAUUUGGUGGGGAGCUACUUUCGCUGCCCUCUGCGCUAUAUAUUAUGUGGAAAAGUUGUGCAACUGUGUACAGGCAAAGCAUUUUUUAAUUUUUCGGUGAAUAUAUUGGUUUAAAAUUCUGCCUUAUGUAAGAAGUGGAAAAAGGGUGCAAAUAUUUUUUUAUAUUGGUACUUAUGGUUUUUCAAUAUUAGCAGAUGUUGUGAGCUGGUCCCACCGACUUGUGAGAGGAGGACGCCAGGACAUCUUUAAUAUUACUUUGGAUACAGCUGUUGGUCGUAUCCCCUUAAAAAUUCUACCAACAAAACUUUAGGUAGGCCAUCCUCUAGCUGGAACUAGAAGGUUAAACAAGUCCUAUCAUAUCACCGCCCCGUCCAGCUGAGCCGACGUACGGAGUAAAUUUCUCACGUAUACCAUAUGCUCGAGGCUAUUAUACGCGAAAAUGAAGGAAUAUUCAUAGGAUAGAGGCAGGUAGAUCUGCAGGUCAGACUACAUGCCAGGGAUGUAAGCCCGCAAAAAUGGAACGACUAUUUCACGAACUUGGGGUGAGUCGGCACUCAGGCAGGAAAUAGAAAGCUCCUGUGAAUCCCUCUGAGAGCGGAAGCAUUUAUUCAAGAGAGUCCACUUGCCUCGUUGCCGAAAACACAGUCCUCUCGGCUUUCCGGCCGUUUCUAUCAUCCAAUCCAGCUGCGGUCAUGGCGCGCUAUCUUCAGUCCUUGCUUCUUGUUUGGUACUUCUUUGCUGUGACGGUAACCAGGGCUUACCAACCCGUAGCUUUUCAUCACGGCUUCCUGUACGGUCGUGCUGAUGGGGACGUAGACCCGUCAGAUCCCGGUCUUCAGUGCACGCGAUUCUGCGAAGUCUCUGUCGGUGGCAGUCUAGGUCCAAGAAGCUUGGAUCAAAGAUUCAACUCACCAUGCGGCUUGAAUCAUGCUAGGGCAAGGAAUAUCUACCAACCACUCUUUCUUGGCAUCGACGGCAACGAAAAUGCCACCGAAAGCAGGCUUGCCAAAAGGGCAUUUCCAGAAAACAUAGAUAACAAUGAAGAUGCAGCAAAAUAUGUGAUUGGAGUACUUACAGGUCCUAAUUCACCUCCUGGAUUCUUCGCCGCAGGCACUCCCGCGGCCGUCCAAUACAUGAGAAAAUUCGAGGGCGAGGCCUUUAGUUACGGCACCGCGGGUCUUCACGGCUGUACUAUGGUUGCCAUCAUCUCCAAGAGAGCAAUCUACAUAGCACACUUUUGGGAGACAUAUUCUACCCACGGCGACGAUGUGGUCACCGGGACUAGUAGACAACAAUUCAUCGAGAGAGUCGUCAACGCAAUUAGAGGCGCCCCGGUUGCCAACCCGUACAACCCUCCAGAGGCCUUCGAUAGAAAUAAUAGGAUAGCAAGAAAUCAUCGCUACGUACCACCAAUGGGGGAUCCUAUUGACUUUUCGUUGUUUGACCAAGAAGGCGACAAUUCGAUGAUGUACAUAAUGACGCCCCUGAAUGAGCCGAAGAAGGGGAAGGAGUUGCAGGAAAAUAGCAUGGAUUUCAAGUACAGGCAAAAGUACGAACAGCUUCUCUAUCAGGAAAUUCGUCGAAGAGGUAGGAUUCGAGGCUGUGGGCUCGCCAUGACUGGUUACAAGCGUCUCAUUUAUAAGAUCAACCAAGCGGGACAACCCGAGAAAGCUGAAGGUCACGACGAUGACUGGGAGGAAUUCGUAAAUCCCAAGCAUGCAAAGGGAAUGGCGCUUUUCGAGUGAGCAAGCUAUCUGGUUUACCCUUUUCAUCUAAGUUUCAUGCUUACCAGUGUUAACAGAUACGACGGCAAGGAUACAUGGCGGCUAUUCUGGGAGAACAAGUACAGGACAGGUAAGGUGAGCCGCUGAAAAGAAAAGCGUUGGUUUAUAUAACGUGGUGUUGUAAUGUUGUAACUGCAAGGGCAUUGGUUUACGGUAGAACGCGAGACUAUUAGAAGCAACUGUCGCUAAAAUACUUGAUACCAUACCUUGUAUAUGUAGAAUACAAACAUGCCAUGGAAAACCCAAACUUCAUCUAGUUCUAAAGACUAAGCC